AUGGAUUAUUUCUCUCCAGCAAUCUCAUCUCAUGCACCAAAUGACCAUCACUACAAUGCAUUAAAUUAUAAUGACUCUACAACAACCCCAAAGUACAGCCAUGAAAGAGUUAUCGGGUCAGCUGCAAACAGUGAAAAUAAGAGGGAAAAUAGGUUCCAACCAAAAGAGAACCUCCUUAAAAGACUUCCAAAUUUACGCUCCUGAGAAAGAAGAGAAUUCAGCAAUGAUGCUGAUAAAAGUGGCAAAAUCAAAAAUGAUUCUAAGGAUAGGUCAUUAUCUAUCCCAAAAGACUCUAAGAUCCCAAGAAUAUUGGCGAAUUACCCUCAGAAUGUCCAAGAAAUAAGACAGAUUUAUAAAUAUUCCAGUCAGACUCCUCAAAUGCAAACUCCUAACACCUCAACUGAUGGAGAUGGAAGUGGGAAUGUAACUUCUCUCACCUAUAAAAGAGUCAAAAAUAGCAAAAGACAGAACACUGAGAAGAAGCAAGAAGACUCUUCUGAGCUAACAGCUCACCAUAAAUAUAAUUAUAACGAUAUCACAGAAUCGUACAAAUGUGAUAUGAGCACCCAGACCAUAGUGAAAGAGGACAAAAUAAAGUCAGUCCAGGAUAUUGAGAACCAUUAUGCUCCGAAGAAACUAAAGAUGGAAACCUCUAGAGUCUUAGAAUCCCAGUAUGAGAACACCUUUAUGAGAGAUGUAGAGGAAGCUUCCUACUCUCUUCAGCCGAUCUCUUCCCCUCCCUCUGUAGCGAAUGCUAUGAAGGCUUUACAGGCUAAGAUCAAGACUUUGCAGGGUGAAAAUGCUAACCUCAGGCAUGAAAUUAGCUCGUUAAAAUCAGAAAUGAAGUCCCAAAACCCCACCGAGACCAAGAAAUUAGAGCUUGAAAUCCUUGAACUUCGGUCUAAAUCUGAUAGCUACAUUAAUCAGCUCAAAAAUGACAAGGAAGAGUUCAAGCAAGUAAUCUUUGAGAAUAAAGAAAUCAUUGAAAAGCUAGUCACGAAGCUUAAGAAUACCAAGACCAAAUGUAAAAAGCUAGCAAAGGAGCUUACAGCCAAGGACCAGGAGCUUAGCGGGCUUAAGAUCGACUAUGUCGAAAUCUCCCAAGCUUGCAAAAGUUAUCAACAAGAGCUUGAGAAAAUUGGCAAAGUUGAAGUUAUCAAGCAAAGACUUGACCAUGAAAAACUAGCCAAAAUCCAGCUUGUUAAGGAAAAAAACAUGCUCCAAGAAGAUUAUGAGCAAAAACUACACUCUCUCGAACCGGAAAUAAAGUCAUUGAGGGACAAAGUCAAUUAUUUGACGAAGAUUAAUUCUAAAGUUCAGCAAGCUCAGAAAGUCACCGAGGACUUUGUCCAAGAAAUUGUGUCAGUCAACGAGCUCCUAGCAACUUCAUUAAAGGAAAAGAAGAGAGAGAUUAAGCAUCUUAGUAGAGAACGGGGAAUGAGAAGAUCAGAAAGCUGUGGAAAUUUCGAUAACUUUAAGCAUAACAAGCUAUCAGAAACCCAGAACUUACCUGAAAAUGAGAUCAACUUGGUAAAUCAGAAGGUUAAUCAAAACUUUCAAGACACAUCCUGAGAUUCCAAAGAGAAGACCAAAAGAGAGCCAAGGUUCUCCACAAAGAAGAAUUUUUCUUUCAAGCAGAGAGCCUUUUCAACAGCUUCUGCCAAUUUUAGAAGAUUUGCUUUUGAAGAAGGGAACCCCAAUCUUGAUUUUCAGAAUAACCUAGCUGAUUAUUCAAAAUCAUUAAGUCUGAAGAAGCCGAAGAAACACAGGAAGAAGAAUAGCAUUGAGAAGGAUAAGCUCAAAAUACUAAAGAUUGAGAAAGACCUAACUUGCUUGCACAAAGACUAUAAACACUUCUGUAGUAGCCUAGGUCAAAAGACCAGCAAUGCGAGUAUUAGGGUAGAUGAGAGACAGAUUAAUAGCUUGCUUUCCAAAGUAGAAGGUCAGACCCAGGAACUCAUGUGCAUCCAUUCGAACUACUAACUUAAGGC